AAGUACAUACGCUACGCGUUUAUUUGUAAAAAGAAAUAUUUAAAUAAAAAAAAAAUUAAAAAUUAAUUCCAAAGAAAAAAAUCAACAUGGCAGCCAUGCAGACGAUCGAUCAAAUAAAGCUGGGCUUUAAAAUGGUCGAUUUUAAAGUACAACAAAGACGUUUUCGUACCAGCGAAAAAACAAUUGUCAGCACUAUUUAUGGACCAAUAAAGGGUGUUAAACGCAAGUCCAUCUAUAGUGAUUCGUACUACAGUUUCGAAAAAAUACCAUUCGCUAAACCGCCGGUAGGUGAGCUGCGCUACAAAGCACCACAACCGCCAGAGCCAUGGAUAGAAGUGCGGAGUUGUACUUCACGCGGGCCGAAGCCAUUGCAAAAGCAUUUCGUAUUUCAAAUGACAGAAGGCUCCGAAGAUUGUCUCUAUCUAAAUGUGUAUACAAAGAAUCUAAAUCCACAAAAACUCAUGCCGGUCAUGGUGUGGAUUUAUGGCGGUGGUUUUCAGUUUGGUGAAGCCUCUCGUGAACUUUAUAGUCCCGACUAUUUGCUGCGCGAAGAUGUCGUGAUUAUUUCAAUAACAUAUCGCUUGGGGCCAUUUGGCUUUCUCUCUAUGGAAGACCCCACUUUUGAUGUACCUGGCAAUGCCGGUCUCAAAGACCAAAUUAUGGCAUUGCGUUGGGUGAAAGCGAAUUGUGAACGCUUCGGCGGUGACAGCAAUAAUAUAACACUUUUCGGUGACAGCGCUGGCGGUGCCUCUGUGCACUAUAUGAUGAUAACCGAUCAAACAUGUGGUCUUUUUCACAAAGCGAUAUCCAUGUCGGGCAAUGCACUUUCACCCUGGGCAGUAACACCUCAACGCAAUUGGCCAUAUCGGCUAGCAGUGGCCGCUGGCUAUGCGGGUGAAAAUAAUGAUACAGAUGUUUUUGACUUUCUAGGCAAAGCAAAAGGUGCUGAUAUUGUGAAAGCAAAUGAGGAUCUUUGUUCGGAUGAAGAAAAACGUGAACGCAUUGGUUUCUCCUUUGGUCCAGUGAUCGAGCCAUAUGUGACUGAUCAUUGUGUGGUACCCAAGAAACCGAUUGAAAUGAUGCGCACCGCAUGGAGUAAUCACAUUCCCAUGAUUAUUGGUGGUGUAUCGAAUGAGGGAUUGUUGUUGUAUUCGGAGACCAAAAAAAAUCCCAAAUUACUCAACGAACUUGGCGAUUGCCGUUUUGUGGUGCCACUCGAACUUGGCAUGGACCGCGAUGGCGAUCUGUGCAAGGAAUAUGGCCUACAAUUGCGUAAAGCUUACUAUGGUGAUAAGGAGCCGAGCUUAGAAACUUUACAUGAGUACCUGUUGAUGGUUUCCCACGAGUACUUCUGGUUCCCCAUCUAUCGCACAGUAUUGUCACGCACGGCGCAUGCCACAGCACCCACCUACUUGUAUCGUUUCGAUUUUGACUCGAAACAUUUCAACCAUCUGCGCAUACUCAGCUGUGGCAAGAAAGUACGUGGCACCUGUCAUGGUGAUGAUCUUUCCUAUUUGUUUUACAACUCAUUGGCGCGCAAGCUGAAGAAUCAUACACGCGAGUACAAAUGCAUUGAGCGGCUGGUUGGCAUGUGGACACACUUUGCCAUGCAUUCCGAUCCCAACUUUGAUCCGGAGUACGUUGAUCUAUGGCAGCCUGUAACGAAGGAUAAUUUUGAGAAACGACAACUAAAGUGCCUUAAUAUUUCCGAUGAUUUGAAGGAGAUUGAUGUGCCCGAAUUGAAGAAGUUACAAGUAUGGGAGAACUUUUUUUGCUGUGAUGAAUUAAUUUGAGGAGAUUUAUUAGGGGUAGUGGAAUUAAUUUGACCUGAGUAGCUAAAGGUAAACAAAUUGAAUGUGGCUGCCUCGGAUUAGAUUUAAGAGUUUCUUAUAGCAAAGCUUAGAAAAUAUGUACACUGAUUGACAAGCUUUUGAGUGAAGCUUUAUGAAAUGUGAAACAUUAUUAUUCUAAGAAUUAUUCUAUUAAGAUUUUUGACUUCAAUUUGAUACAAAAAAGAAGCAGUAAGGAUUUUAAAAAUACAUACUAACAAAAUUACGUUUUAGAAGCUUUUUCGAAGCUUUCUAUGAAUUAUAAGGGGGAUAACAAAGUCUCUCUGGCCAUCGCGGUUCAAGAAAGCUUUAAAUAGUUUUUUUUCGCCAUAACUCAAAGAAAAAAGAGAAAAAGCUCCUCAAGUUGAUCACAAUUGGUUAAAAAGCGUAAAAGCUCGCUUUAGCGAACAUUGUUUUUCUUAUCGGUACGUAGGUACAAAGGGUAAAAGCUCUCUUUGGUCAUCACAUUUUUAACCAAAUUCUUUGUGGAAAAUUAUAGCUACAUAUUGUUUUGAGCUUUUUGAAAAAACGAAGCACCAAAAUUUUUGAAAUCUAGAAAUAUUCAAAUAAUUUUUUUUUUUAUAUUAUAUGUAUAUUGAA